UGGCCUUUACUCUCUCUCUCUCUCUCUCUCUCUCUCUCUCUCUAAGUUUUGGACCUGUGGUCACUCUGGACCUCUAUCUCUUCGGUUCCCACUUUCAAUUCAAAUCUAAGUUAACGAAACCCUGAACUCCAAAAACCCUAAUCCCAGAUCCAUACAUUUCUCUACGUUCCCUUAUAGUCGCCGAUUCGAGCCCGUCAAUCUCUCAUGGCCCUCCUCUGAUUUUAUCAGAUUUGGGGGCCGAUUCGCGAGAGACAUGAAGCGAGAGCUGGAGGUAGGCGAUUCACUUGGUGGUGGGACUCGGGCCGAGACGAGUCAGGCGAGUUCUUCUUGUGUCGAGGUUUCUGAGAAUAGUAGUAGUGAUUGUAAGAGAUUCAAAGGCUCUGUGGUGAAGGGUUUAAUUGUUUAUACCCGUGAAAGAAAGUCUCGGUUUAAUUGGUCUAAUGAAAUUUCUGAGAACGGCCAUGAUAAGCCAGUUAGGAGCUCGGAUGAGCAAGAAAUCAAUGUCAAUGCUUCCCAAGUUGUGGUUGGAGGCGGACCCAAUUGCAAUUUGGGAAUACCCAUUUGUAGAGAGGGGCAAGAGAGCGAGCUGGUACAGUUUCCAGCCAAGGAAGGAGACGUCGAGGUUGCAGUGGUUUCUGCCGAGAGUAGUGAGGGAAAGAACGAUUUUCCCAAAGAAGUGUGGGGGUUCACGCCCAUAUCGGCGGAGAGACCGAAGGUCGAGCCGACGAUGGAGAGUGUAGUAAAUUCAUCAGAAGCUGCUCAGAUUGAAUCAAAUUUGAAUUUAGAUGGGGAGGCAACGGGUGGAGUGAGUGCCUCGAAGACGCUGAAGAAUAAGUUGGAAUUAAAAAUGUCGAAGAAGAUUGCGCUUAAUAAGAAGCCGAUGACCGUUAAGGAGCUUUUUGAGACUGGUUUGCUCGACGGCGUGACGGUGGUUUACAUGGGUACCAACCAGUCUCAGGGAUCUGGUCUGCGUGGCACGAUUAGAGGUGGUGGAAUUCUGUGCUCGUGUACUUCAUGCAAAGGAUGCAGAGUUAUUCCGCCGUCAAAGUUUGAGAUUCAUGCUUGUAAGACGUACAAACGGGCAGCACAGUAUAUUUGCCUCGAAAAUGGAAAGAGCCUGCUGGACCUGGUGAAGGCAUGCAGGGCCUCUCCUCUGCAUACGGUGGAGGCAACAAUUCAGAGCAUCAUUGGUUCCCCACCUGAAGACAAAUAUUUUACGUGCAGGAGAUGCAAAGGAUGCCUUCCUAGGUCUUGUGUGGCAAAUGUAGGGCUUCUAUGCAAUUCAUGUGUGGAUUUACAGGAAUCUCAUGGGAUCCGUACUCACGAAGACGGUAAAAAACUCAGGUCAUCAACACCAGUAUUGAUCUCAAAGCCCCCCAGAACUGUUUCAGUUUCUAUUUCUCCACAAAAUAAGGGUCAAUUGAAGGCUUCAGUCUCUGUCUCUCCACAGCUUAAAAGUCAAUGGAAGUUAAAAACGAAGUCUCCAAAACGAGGUCUCUUCUCAAAGUCCUCCAAAAGUGCUUCUGCUUGUAUUUCUUCAAAAAAUAGGACACCAUGGAAAAUAGCCGCGAAAUCAUCAAAGUCAGUUUUGAUAUCAAGGCCGUCCAAAAGUGCUUCUAUGUGUGUCCCUUCGCAAAAUAAAAGUCCAUGGAAAAUAACAACAAAAUAUCAACGGUUCCAUAAGUUGGUUUUUGAGGAAGGUGGAUUGCCUGAUGGAACUGAAGUGGCCUAUUACGCACGUGGACAGAAAUUACUUGAGGGUUAUAAAAGGGGCUUUGGUAUAUUUUGUCGUUGUUGCAAUCAUGAGGUCAGCCCCUCACAGUUUGAAGCUCAUGCUGGCUGGGCCUCUCGCAGGAAACCUUAUGCAUACAUUUACACAUCCAAUGGGGUGUCUCUUCAUGAACUGGCAGUAUCUCUCUCAAAAGGCCGCAAGUAUUCUGCCGAAGAUAAUGAUAACCUAUGCAUCAUUUGUGCAGAUGGUGGGAAUCUUUUGCUCUGUGAUGGAUGCCCAAGGGCCUUCCACAAAGAAUGUGCAUCUUUAACUAGUAUUCCUCGUGGUGAUUGGUACUGUACAUAUUGCCAGAAUAAGUUCCAAAGAGAAAAAUUUGUGGAGCAUAAUGAAAAUGCUGUUGCAGCUGGAAGGGUUUCUGGGGUUGAUCCUAUAGAAGAGAUAACUAUGAGAUGCAUCCGUAUUGUCAAAAACAUAGAAGCUGACAUUAGUGGAUGUGUGUUAUGCAGAGGUUAUGAUUUUAGCAAAUCAGGAUUUGGUCCAAGGACAAUUUUACUUUGUGAUCAGUGUGAGAUGGAAUUUCAUGUUGGCUGUUUGAGGGAUCAAAAAAUGGCAUAUCUGAAGGAAUUGCCAGAAGGGGAGUGGUUCUGUAGCAUGGACUGCACCAGGAUAAAUUCUACUUUGCAGAAGUUGCUUGUAAGAGGACCUGAAAAGCUCCCAGACUCUCUUUUGGAUGUUAUAAUAAGAAAGCAACAGGAGAGAGGUUUAGAGUCCAUUAAUGAUAUUGAUGUUAGAUGGAGGCUUCUUAGUGGUAAAAUUGCUUCUCCUGAAACUAGGUUCUAUCUUUCAGAGGCUGUUGCCAUCUUCCAUGAUUGCUUUGCCCCUAUAAUUGACUCAAUCAGUGGACGCGACCUUAUUCCAGCCAUGGUUUAUGGAAGGGACAUAAGGGGUCAAGAAUUUGGCGGAAUGUACUGUGCAAUACUGAUGGUCAACUCAUCCGUUGUAUCAGCGGGAAUUCUUCGAGUUUUUGGGCGAGAAGUUGCAGAACUCCCUUUAGUUGCAACAAGUAAUGGUAACCAUGGAAAGGGCUACUUCCAAAUCUUGUUUUCCUGCAUUGAGAAGCUGCUGGCCUUCUUGAAUGUAAAGAGCCUUGUCCUCCCGGCUGCUGUAGAAGCAGAAUCCAUAUGGACGGACAGAUUUGGUUUUGAGAGAAUGAAACCCGACCAGCUUAGCAAAUACCGAAGAAGCUGCUGUCAGAUGGUGACCUUCAAAGGGACGUCCAUGCUUCAGAAAAUGGUUCGCCAAUGUCGAGUCAUCAACACGUGAUUAUAAAAGUAGAGAUGCAAAGUCUUCGUUUCCCUUCCCGCUUGGGUUGGUUUUUGUAAAUCUCUUUUGAUUAAGUUACUUUUCGAACUCA